AUGUGUGCCCACCCCACGCACAUCCGUCCGUUCCCGUACGCGGUUAUGAGGCUCCUUCCUGUCCUCCUCUUCCUCAUCGCGGUCCAGGCGGACACUCAAGUGCUGCCAUCUAACAAUUCCCUCUCUACUUCGUCCUACUUCCGCAUUUGGGGUUCCAGCCACCUCGACAACCAGCAUCUUGCCCCGCUCACCCAAUCUCUUCUCCAGCUGACGGACGCCCAGCAAAAGGCCUUUGAUAUCUCGGGCGCCGUCAAAGAAGUCACUUCCGUCAAUCCAUUUGGAUUGCAGAGUUCGCAGAUUGCCUGCAUUCCGUGCGAUCCGUCGUUUUACUCCGGGAACUUAGACGCCGGCCAGACGCUCGACUACGUUAUCGGCCAGGAUCCUGCCGCCGUCAUCCUCUACAGUGAAUCGGCCACCCAUUGCAAUCUCUCGACCGAUGGUACCGCCGAGUCUUUUCGCUACGUCUUUACGCUGAUCGGGAAUAAUUCGACGGCCAUCACCGCAUUGCAAGAGACCUUCAAUUCCCCCAACAAGACUGUUAACAUCAUCGCCAUGGCGACCAUCAAUCCAUCCGGCUAUACCAACAGUACCGACACGGGCGGAGGCACCGGUAACAGUCCAAACACUGCGAUGAUCAUCCUAUACAGCAUUACGGGUAUCAUCACCGCUUUGUUCUUGGGUAUUAUCAUCACGGGCGCUGUCCGUGCCCAUCGCCAUCCUGAGCGGUACGGCCCUCGCCGAACUGUCGGUCGGCCUCGACAAAGUCGAGCGAGAGGCAUUGCACGUGCCAUGCUCGAAACGAUACCCAUCGUCAAAUUCAACGAAAACGAUGGUGUGGACGCCGCCAAGCGAGAUAUCGAGAUGGCCAGAUCGGAUGACCCCAAUCAUGAGCAUUCCCCGGCCAACUCUCAAGAGAAUGUCGCCGCCCAAACGACUCCCCGUGAGACCGAGAUGGAGACUACCGAGCAGCAAGAUGACCGACCGACCCCGGCUCCUGAGCCAAAGACUGACGCAACCGAGGCGGGCAACUUCUCGUGUCCCAUCUGUACCGACGACUUUGUCAAGGGUCAGGACCUGCGUGUACUCCCCUGUAACCAUCAAUUCCAUCUCGAGUGUGUCGAUCCCUGGCUUAUGAAUGUGUCGGGCACAUGCCCUCUCUGCCGUAUCGACCUCAACCCAGCCAAGGAAGGAGAGAACGCCGAACAUCCGGAAGGUGAAAACGCCGAAAACGCCGGAGAAACCGCAGCAGACGGCACCUCAGCCGAUGCAAUCCAAGGCCGCCACGGCCACCGACUAACAGGUUAUCUCAACGCUCGGCGCAUGCACCACGCCAGCGUCGAAGAGCGCCUCACCGCACUGCGCCGCGUCCGCGAAGCAAACCAGGAUCAGGCGACCGACGAGGCGUCCCGCCCCAAUCGCAACCGCCUAGCCACGCGUCUCCGCGAGCGCUUCCGCAUUCGCACGCGUGCUCACGGCGUCGAGACCACCAGCCCCGGCGAAAGUGGUACCACGACCCCGACCGUCCCGGCACCGGCGCACACGGCACCGGAGUCGACAUGA